AUGCAGGCGUUGCAAGUUUUGGCAUUGCUGCUUCUGUCCGGAGUGUUCGGUAAGGAUCUUCAGGAGUGCGAGGAUCUUGGAAAUGGUAGCUAUCUCUGUCGGGAAAUCGAGAGCUUUGAGCAACUGAAUCGAUAUGUCGGUAAAAACUGGAAAAGUGUGAAGGUUGUCAAUGAACACACAGGAAUCGAAAGAGCAGAAGAUGGGGAACUGCCUGGUCUCUCCACUCUUUUGCAAUUGGAUCUAUCUGAAUCCGGUGGUGUGACUCUGGGCGAAAAGGGAUUGCAAGAUUUUAAGGCGCUGCAGAAGUUAAAUCUUACCCACGCUCAGUUGGAUGAGCUAAAAUCAGAGCAAUUUCCCAACCCAUCCGAAAUGAUCAAUUUCGAUGUGAGCUACAACGACAUAUUGGCUAUUACUACCAAACUGAUGAGUGGAUUCGGCAAUUUGGUGUAUGCCAACUUUUCCGAAAACCUGAUAGCAGUCAUAGAACCCAAUGCGUUUAGACAUAUGAAAAACCUACGAUUUCUUGAUCUAACCACCAACUAUCAGGAAAACAUAACUCUUGGCGAAAAUGCAAACUUGCGUUUUUUGUCUAUAAGUAACAAUAAUUUGAGAGACUUUCAAUGGUGUCACCUUCGAGUACUGCCCAAAUUGGAGGAACUGCAUCUUCACAGCAAUUGGCUGGAGCAUCUGGAUAUGGGAAUAUUUUACGCGUUGCCCAAUCUUCGAGUUUUAAAUGUAUCCAACAAUAAUCUGUUUGAGAUUAAACGAACACUUUUCAUGGCCCCGGGAGAAAUUGCGCCAUUGGAACUGCUCGACUAUAGCUCGAAUAUUGUUAAAGUCCUGGAUGACUCAGUGUUUUGCAGACUCAAGAAGCUAAGAACUCUCAAUUUGUGGCUAAACCAGAUAAACAGAAUCCAUCCGAGGGCCUUUUUGGGACUAAGUUCACUGCAAACUCUGCACUUGCAGGGCAAUAAGAUCUCAAUUCUUCCCGAUGACGUCUUUGCCAAUCUAACAGCUUUGGAGAAACUCGAUCUCAGCAAGAAUAACAUUCAAAAGCUGGGAUUGCGUGUAUUUGGUGAACGGAUUCUCCGCAAGCUGAUCUACCUGGAUUUAAGCAACAACUACAUUGCGGAUCUGCAUCCUCUGGCUCUUUCCUCUAUGCCCUUUAUCAAGGAACUCAGGCUCAGAAGGAAUAGGCUGGUCAGUCUGGAUCUUCGUAUGUUUGCACCGCUGCGGCAAUUACAAUUGCUUACAAUUAACGAGAAUCGUCUGGAGGAGAUUGAUGGUGAAAUUUUGGACACUUUGGAUCGUCUCAAUCAUCUGGAGCUCAACAACAAUCGUCUCACUUUCUUGCCGGAUCUGAAGUCAUCACAAAACCUUUUGCAAUUACGAAACAUCACUUUGGAGGGGAAUCCUUGGCAGUGUCUGUGUCUGGACGAGAUUACCUCCUGGUUAAAUGGUCGUCACGUGUCUUACGCUCGACCCAGUAGUGCCUACUUCAGUGGACGGAAACCCCUCUGCGUUGUCACGCCCAUGGAUAAAUGUUUGCGCGACCUUCAAGAAACUAAAGCUCAAGGAAUCGUCGAAAGCUAUGAGAAGAUAUAA